AGUGUAAUGGAGGACAGUGAUGAACAACAACAAGAAGAAGAAUUUCUGAGACAAAUUCAAUCUGUUUGUGAAUCCUCGGCUUAUGAUGAACUAAUACUCAAUCUGCAGAAGGAAAAUCUCCUUGACAGACUGAAGAAAUGUUGCAGAGAAUGCAAUACAUUGAAGGGAGCACAAGUACAAGAAAGCAUUUCAAGCUUACUUCUUCAUAUUACAAAAGAAGUUCAUCAUCAUCGGCAAUUUGACAGCGAUCACAGUGAUGAAGGUGAACAUGAAUCAGUCAAUAACCUUGGUGAAGUGGUUUCCUUGAUGACAGUGUAUAGAGUGAUAUUGUCAUGCCUUGUAAAGUCCUCUUUAUCAGACUGCAGUCAAGAGGCCUUCAUUAUUCACAAGACUGUAUUGAAGAAGGUUGCUACAGAUACAUUAAUAUUGUGUGCAAGUCAUGCAGAGAAAUGGCCAUGGACAAGUGAAAGAACAAGGGCUACAGCAAAAGAUAUCUUGGAUCUGUUAUGUGAUGGAUGUCGGGUUGAUUCAGUGUCAGUUCUCUUGUCUGGCAGUGAUACCACAACAAGCAACAAAGAAAAGCCAUUGUUACGACAAGAGCUGUUCCCUGGUGUCUUGGAUGUUCUUCACUCAAGAAUGACUGCAUGGGCUCCCUUGCCUCAUGUAGUCUGCUGGUGUACCAUGAAAGUUCAGUAUCCACAUGUAGGAAAACACUUUUCAAGGUUGUUGCCAUUAUUAUUGAAGCUUAUAGAUGACCAUCAGGUUAUCAAUAAAGUCAUUGGCGUCCAGUGCUUACACCACGUCAUGAAAAACAUGAAUGCAGCAGAGCUUAUCUGGUAUGGAAGGAUUGAUGUCAUAUUUGAAGUAUUACACCGUCUACUGUAUCUAAAUGAACCAGUACUGCUUAACCAGCUGUAUCCCUGCAUGUUACUUGUUCUUCAAGUUAUGAAUUCCAAAUCUGGGAGAACAGAUAAACGGAAUAAGGAAUUUGACAGUUUUAUGGAGGUUAUUCUUACAUCGAUGGAAUAUGAGUCAAAUCUGCAGCUGAGAAGAGUACAUGCAGUACACUUAGAAAAAGUUGUUGCACAUAUGCAAAUCAAUUUACUUCGAUAUUUAAAGAGGUUUCUGUCUGUAGUAUUGUCAUAUCUUGCGGUACAUGAUGAUUCUAAAGAAGACAUUCGAAUCAAUGUGCUACAGGCCUUAAAGACUGCAAUGUUACACGUGUGGCCAAGAAUUGCUGGUCAUGCAGACGUCAUUCUUGAAGCUCUUCUUAAACUCGUGGUAGAUUGUUUUGAUUCUUCUUCACAGUGUAAAGACCAACUCCUCAAUACUUGUAUGGAGUGUAUAAUAGUAUUGAGAUACUGCCUUCCUAAUCAUGUCAAGAAAUGCCUAUAUACCAUCAAAGAAGGUGUAUGUCACGCCCAACUACAAGAAUACAUCGGUAAAGUGCUGCAAAACUUUGAUGAUGAAUACGGAAGUGGUCAUGGUUAAUACUGACACACACCAGACUUUCACAUUUGGUGGCGCGUGUAAAGGGUUUGGGAUUUCUACAAAGGAGAGAAAAGAAAAAUUGAAGACUAUGGGAUGGAAGUGUCGUUUCUUCUGCUAUUUCUGAAUGCUGUUAGUGCAGUAGUGGGCAGUUUGUUAAAUGGCUUCGUACUUUUGGCCGUUAAACGAGCAUCUUCUCUUCACACUCCAUCGAGGAUAUUACUAGCAGUUGUUCAACCAGUUUAUGUUCUAUAUUUAAUCGCUGUUAUACAACAUUGGUCUAGUGUUUUCUAUCUAUCGUUACUAACCAACAUUCGUCUUGGUUACUGUCUUGGAGUGAUAUCUAUAAUCAUAGGUAUAGACCUUUGUAUUGCAAUGAAGUGCAAGACAUGGUAUAAAACCGUUGUGACCAAAAAACGAGUUCUUAUUAUCAUCAUGAGUUGCUGGGUCUUAACAUGUUUGCUAUUUAUAAGCUGCAUUGAUGAUUUUGUCUUUCAAACCCAUGCUCCUGUAUUAACGAUACUCGUCAUGUCUGUUUUUCUUGGCGUUACACUCGUAAGCUAUGCUGUUUCUAUUACAACCUUAUAAACGGUUGUCUCUCCUAGUACCUUCGAGUUCAACGCACGAACCAGUACCUACAAUGAAUGAUCAGUUUAACAUUUCAAAUAAACAUUCCCUUCGUACAAUGGCUGUAAUAUCGUUCUGUUUCGUACUAUGCUGUGUUCCUUUGAUCUUUAUCAAUGCGCCACAGUUCAUCACUACUAUCGAAACUCUUACAGUUUAUCUUAACUUCUGCGACCUUAUAGCCAUGAUAAACUCGUUAGCGAAUCUUUGGUUUGCUAUGGCGAAUCAAAGAAAUUCCACAAACAGCUAAGAUUAUGCUAUUAAGCACUCGGGGUACUAAACUCAUUACGUGCUCUAUAUUUUCAUCCUUCUUUCUUUCUGAAACAUUGGGGGGGAAGAUUGUUGAUAAUUCAAUUAAUUUUUUUGGGUACAUUAAAAUUGUAAUUUCAAGCUAUUUACAAGAAUAUCGUUGAAUUCCAAAUUUAAUUACAUUGACGAAUAGAAAAAAGGGACCCCCUGCUAACCUUCAAGGAACAGACAAUGGAGUGCGCGUCCUGUGUUCAGUUAUAAAGGUGUGUACAUGCACUUAAGGAUUCACAGAACACUCGAGAAUAGACAAUGGAGUGCGCGUCCUGUGUUCAGUUAUAAAGAUGUGUACAUGCACUUAGGGAUUGACAGAACACUAGAGGAUAGACAAUGGAGUGCGCGUCCUGUGUUCAGUUAUAAAGAUGUGUACAUGCACUUAGGGAUUGACAGAACACCCGAGAAUAGACAAUGGAGUGCGCGUCCUGUGUUCAGUUAUAUAGGUGUGUACAUGCACUUAGGGAUUGACAGAACACUCGAGAAUAGACAAUGGAGUGCGCGUCUUGUGUUCAGUUAUAUAGGUGUGUACAUGCACUUAGAGAUUGACAGAACACUCGAGAUUUUUUAAGACAAGCACUACGCUUGGUUAAGCACUUAUAAUUGCUGUUAUAUCUGUACACAUCACAGAGAGAAAGUUUUUAAUUUCUUUUAAAGAUCUUUAGAAUGCGCGUGCAUGCUGUGGGCUCUCGUAAAGCACGAGCCUCAAACCAAUCAGAAAGCGAGCUUUAUUACAGUUAUUUAUAUAUUGAUAUUAAUAGUUAUAAUAAACAAUGACAAGAUCAUUUUAUUUUGUGCAUUUUUUGGUAUUUUAUACAAAUUGUUAUCAAGAAAAAAGUCAUUUACGAUCAUUGGACAUUCACGAAAUUCGCCUGCCGCUUGGCAACACAAAAAUAUUUAAGGUGGCUGACUACUUUGGUAAAUAAUAAACAUUAAAUUGAAAAUUGUAACUUUUCAAACCUGAAAUUUAAUGCUGAUUUCAAAAAUGCAAAGAAAAAUGGGGUGUCCCGAGUUUGUUUUUGAAAUAAUCACUCCGGAAUGACUUGCAUUUGUAGAAUUUUGGAAGAAAAAUAGCGAAAAUCAAGCUCUGUACAAAAAAAUCAUAAAACCGAAACUAAGGAUGAAGAAACAUGAGUAAUAUUCUCCGAACACGUAAUUAACUUACACUAUAUUUAUAAAAUACUGAUAAAAGUUGCCUCAAUAUAUUGUAGACAAUGGAAAAACGUUUUUGUUCAGGUUGUACGGUAUAGUAAGGAGAAAUAUUAGUUCCAAGAUACGAGAUACAUUAGAAAAUAGAAAAUGGAAAAAACAAAAAUAAUCAGAUGAAAGGAAAAGAUGCAUAAUCACUGCAGAAAAAGCUGAGGUGCCGGAUAGUCUUGCAGCGGCACCACUGUUUCGGAAAAGAGCAGAAAUUGGAUACGAUUAGCUCUUUGAGAAACAGCGAUAUCAGCAAAAUCGCCACUGCGUCGCCAACUUGUCUGGUGUAGUCCCUCGGGCUGACACCAACGCAGGAAACUGAGGAAAACCGAUUAAGCAUGUAAUCUUGUUUUUCUCACCAAUAAUUGUCCUCUCUGUUUGAUUGAUGCCUAGAGGUUUUUUAGCUGAUAAGUUACUUAAAUAUUUACKUUGGGCGCUGCCAGGGGUACGAUCCAAAACCUAACUUUAAGCUCAGCAAUCUUUUACAAUUUCGUUUGUCAGCUAUAAUUUGUACCGGCGAUGGGAAGCCUAAUUAACGAUCCUUCGACGGUAUAACUAUCGUUGAUGACAGUUAAGUUUAAAUAAUAGAAUUUUGCAAUAGUUCAAAUUCCUCCUCGGGAAUUGGGAACUAGUUUAUUGGUAAUGACAAUUAUAAUUAACCAAUCAGAAUGCUUGUAAGUGACGUCAGGUCACGUUGGACAUGAUGUCAAAGAUUAUGCUAAUGAGAACUUUUAUAAGUACAUGUAGCACACACUUUAGUUCAGUUGAGUUGGAACACCAAGCAGAUAAAUAAUAAAAGAAAAGAAAGCAGAAGCAGAAAA